CGCUCGUUCCCCGCCUCCUCUCCAUCUUCGCGGCAAAAAGGCCGGCCAUCUCGAUCUUCUUCGAUUUCCAUCAAGACGACUUCAUCAAGAACACACUUUUUUUCAUCCAUCUCUAACUUUGCAGUAGCCCAACGUAUUUCCCCCCCAGAGCCUUCUAGAAAAUCUUUUGAGCAGGAUUGUGCCGAGUGGGAUCUAUUGCUGCGUGCCCUGCUCCCCCCCCUCAAAAAAAACACGCGUCUCUGGUGUUUGCGCAUGCUCUCAGGUUUCGUCCGAACGUAACUUGGUGAACUCGACGCGACCUUCAAAUCAAACCUAGUAAUCUGCUGGCUGCCACUUCCCUCGGGGGACCUUGACGAGAGCAAGGCAGAGCAAACAAAUCAAAGUCAAAAGCCAGCCAACCGUAUUUUAUUCUUCUAUUGUGACCUAGGAGCAUGGCAUAGAUCUUGUUCACCUGCUACCCCACCAAGCUCACUCAGUCGUAUCAUACUUCGAGAAGAGAUCACGGGCCUGUCUCUCGGCUCUUUUUAACGACUUUUUCAACAACGUUUUUUUCCCUUCCCACUGGUAUCACCACCGCCAGUCAUCCACAUCAUCCAUUGUCACCAAAGAAGGCUUCCGGAAGUGGACAACGAGAUGACAUCGUCACCGGUAGCAGAGCUCGAGGCUGGGCUGCAAGCCUUGCUCAGCCUCAAGGCUCCAGGCGUAUCUGGUUCUCGGAUCUCAAAUCUUACUGCACUUUGCGUCAACAACCCACAGUCUGAGUCGGUCAUCGUCCAAAAAUUCUAUACACAUCUCAAGAAAACGCCCGGAACACACAAGCUGGGCGUCCUCUACGUCGUAGACCAAGUAGCACGGGAGUGGUUGAAGAAGGCCAAGGCUCUGGGACAGUUUCCCAUAAAUUCUUCAGCGCAAGAUGGCACAUAUGCUGCGGGCGUGCAUAGAUUGACUGAACUCAUGCCCACUCUGAUGAACGACAGCAUCUCGGCGGCUCCAGAAGAUCAAAAGGACAAGAUCAAGAAACUGCUCGAUAUUUGGGAGAAGGGCGAGACGUUUCCCGCUGCCAUGGUUAGUUCCUGGCGGGAGAAGCUCAAUGCUCCCCAGCCGACACUCCAAUCAACAACACCUCCCGGAAGCCCUCCCCCCAACCUGAUGGCUUCGCUUGGUAUUGGAAGCAAGCCGCCUGCACCGCCAGCAACGCAAAGCAACCCUCUAAACAUUCUUGAGACCCUUGCCAACCUGGCUCGCCAAAAUGCGCCCAGUACACAGAGUAAUCACUCGGCCGGGCCAGUCCCGGCUCCGGCCCCUCCUGCGGCCCCAGUCCAAGCUCCAGUUCAAGCCCCGGCCCCGACUGCGGCUCCGGCCCCUGCCCCGCUGCCUGCAGCCUUGUACGGCAUCCUUGGUAGCCAGCCUGGCAAUAGCGCCAUGCAGCCUGCUGCUCCGCCUGUCAACAUGUCCACAUUGCCACAUGCCUUUCCACCACCCAUGGCAGCUCCUCAGCCUGCCCAUUUCCCACCACCCGCAGCACCUCCAGUGCUGAAUGGUGCGGCCAAUCCAGCUGCCAAUCCGGCGGCCGUCCAGCUAUUGAGCGCCUUGCUGGCCCAAGGUGUACCUGUCGAACAAAUCGCCAGCGUAAUGCAGCUCAUGACCCAAAACACUGCGGCUACCGGAUCUCCAGCCGUCCCACAAACCGGCUUCCCGCAGCCACCUCAAGCCGCUUACCCUGGCUACCCAGCUCCUCCCGUCAGUGCCGGCCCUGGUCCAGCCCCCUGGGAAGCGCCCAGACAUGCAGCCGACUCCCGUGAUCGCAACGGCUAUCACUCACCAGGGCGUGUUCCCCGCGGUAGAUCCCGCUCCCGCUCGCCGGGACGCUGGGACGCCAGAGACUCACCCCGAUCCCGCCGCAACGACCGCGGAGGAUUCGACUACAACCGCCCAGCCUCGCCAAACCGGGGUUACAAUGAUGAUAGGGGAUAUCGCCAGCGCUCGCCCCAGGGCAGGAGAGGUAGCCCAUCAGAUAACUUUUCCCGCCAACAACAGCAACAACAACAAGGGCCGCCACAGCCCAACGGAGAAAAAUGGGUCGAUCACGACCCUACCGUUCCCCCUGGCCACUUCAAGGUCUUGUCGCGAACCCUUUUCGUUGGCGGGGUCAUGGUUUCCGAACCCGAAUUACGGGAAAUCUUCUCUCGCUUCGGCGAGGUCCAAAGUGCCAUUGUUCACAAGGAGAAGAGACACGCCUUUGUGAAAAUGUAUUACAGGAAAGAUGCCGAAAAGGCCAAGGCGGCCAUGUCGGAGGGGGGGGCGAGGGGGAACGAGCUCCGGACGAAGUGGGGAGUGGGCUUUGGGCCCCGGGAUUGCAGUGAUUACGGCACUGGAAUUUCUGUUAUUCCUAUUCAAAAGCUCACGGAAGCGGAUAGGAAGUGGGUGUUGACUGCGCCGUACGGCGGUAGUGGCGGGAGGCCAAUUGUGACGGGGAUGGUGGUGGAGGAGCCAGAUAUUGAGAUUGGUGCGGGGGUGUCGAGUAAGGCGAUCUCUAGGAGGAUGCAAACUGAUAAAGGCGGGAGUCACGGGCCUAAGUCAAGUAGGCGGGAGGAGGACCAUCACCAUGAUGGGGGGUAUCAGGGUGGUGGUGGUGGCGGUGGUGGGAGAGGGGGAUGGGGAGGAGGGAAGAAGGAUAGGGGUGGAAGGGGAGGGGGUUUUGAUGGGAAGAGGGGAAGUCAUGGCGGGAAUGGGAACCAACAGAAUGGCGAUGAUCCAAUUGUUAUGGAAUUGCCGCCGGGAAUCCAAAUGAGUAGGAAUGGGCCGGUCUUUCAGGGGUUUAAUGGCGGUUAUUAG